GGGCGGAAGUGGGAGCGUCGCGCUGGCGUCGCGUCGCCAGCGGCGGCGUGCCCGCUUCUAAGAUGGCGGCGGCGGUGUCCGGCGCGCUCGGUCGGGCGGGCUGGAGGCUCCUGCAGCUGCGGUGCCUGCCGGUGUCCUCCUGCCGACCAGCCUUGGUGCCACGUGCCUUCCGUGCUUCAGCUGUGCAGCUAAGGUCUUCAGACGAGCAGAAGCAGCAGCCUCCCCCGUCUUUUUCCCAGGAGCAUUCGGAGACACAGGGGUCAGAAGAACCCAGUCCCGACUCUUCUCGUUCACCCCCCAGGUACACAGACCAGGGCGGCGAGGAGGAGGAGGACUAUGAGAGUGAGGAGCAGCUGCAGCACCGCAUCCUGACAGCAGCCCUGGAGUUCGUGCCUGCCCAUGGCUGGACAGCGGAGGCCAUAGCCGAGGGAGCCCAGUCUCUGGGUCUCUCCAGUGCGGCGGCCAACAUGUUUGGGAGUGAUGGCAGUGAGCUGAUACUGCAUUUUGUGACCCAGUGCAACGCUCGGCUCACCCGUGUGCUGGAAGAGGAGCAGAAGCUGGUACAGCUGGGCCAGGCAGAGAAGAGGAAGACAGACCAGCUCCUGAGGCACGCGGUGGAAACCAGACUGAGAAUGCUGAUCCCGUACAUCGAGCACUGGCCCCGGGCCCUCGGCAUCCUCAUGCUCCCUCACAACAUCCUGCCCAGCCUGAACCUGCUCACCAGCAUGGUGGACGACAUGUGGCAUUAUGCUGGGGACCAGUCCACUGACUUGAGCUGGUAUGCCCGCCGAGCUGUGCUGGCUGGCGUCUACAACUCGACGGAGCUGGUGAUGAUGCAGGACACCUCCCCAGAUUUCGAGGACACGUGGCGCUUCCUGGAAAACCGGAUCAACGACGCAAUGAACAUGGGCCACACUGCCAAGCAGGUAAAGUCCACUGGAGAGGCCCUGGUACAAGGACUCAUGGGUGCAGCAGUGACACUCAAGAACUUGACGGGUCUAAACCAGCGCCGGUGAGCAGGAAGGGCUGUAAGCUGGAGCCCCCAGAAGAAAACCCGCAGAUAUAUUUAAAGGGCUUUGAAAUACAAAGUGCCAUCCACAGAAGAUGGUGUUAAUGAGAAAACACCGAAGGACCUGAAUCACCACCACAGCCACCUGGGAACCACAGGGCACUUGAGGAUACAGUGGUAGCCCAGGAUUGGGGGACUUCUUCAGUCCCUCAUACCAGGCCUGCCUCCUGAUGCCUUUCUGCAUUGCAGCUGUGUGACUGAAAACUGAGGCUCUCGUCCAAGCACUCAAGCCACAGAAACCCAGCACGUCCCUGUCAUGGUCUCACAGACACCUUGAUCAUGACUUAAGCUUCCUAGAAAUGCUCUCUGGGGCUCCCAAGUCGGAGUCAGGAUCUAAGCCACCACAAGGUGGCAGCUCACCCCCAGCAUGGCACACACGUGCACACAGGUGUCCCUGCAGCCCCUUGCCUCUCUGGUGUCCUGAGAUGCUGCACCUGGGAACCCCCCAGAAAGCUGCCUCACCUGAGACAGGUGCCUGCUGGACAGUGGUGCUCAGCCUGGCCUGAGGUGUGGUCCCAGGCCUGGUGUUGCAUUACACCAGCAUGCAUUGCAGGACUGUUAGUGAACUUAGAGUCUAAAACUAAUAAUAAAUAUGUUUGAAGCAGUU